AGGAAGUCCCGCCCGUCUCCAGAGCCUGUCCCGGAAGUGCUGCUGUGGUAGCGGGCGACAUGGCUUCAAGGUUACUUCGCGGAACUGGAGCGCUGGUCGCGCAGGCCCUGAGGGCCCGCGGCCCCAGGGCGGCGGCCGCGGUGCGCUCCAUGGCGUCAGGAGGUGGUGUUCCUACUGAUGACGAACAGGCGACUGGGCUGGAGCGGGAGGUCAUGUUGGCUGCACGGAAGGGACUGGACCCAUACAAUAUGCUAGCCCCCAAGGCGGCUUCAGGGACCAAGGAAGACCCUAAUUUAGUCCCUUCCAUCACCAACAAGCGAAUAGUGGGCUGCAUUUGUGAAGAGGACAACAGCGCUGUCAUCUGGUUCUGGGUGCACAAAGGCGAGACCCAGCGAUGCCCUAGCUGUGGAACCCAUUAUAAGCUGGUGCCCCACCAGUUGUCCCACUGAGCCCCUGCACUAACUCACUCAACAUGUGCUGUAAAGUUUGUUUCCCAUAAAGACAAGCCAUUGCUUUGGCUCCUCCCACA